AUGUGUUCCUUGACGCAGAUCGGGAUCAUCGUCGGCCUCUUAUCCACCAGCGUCCAGAGCUUAGGCCUCACUCUCCAGCGGAAAUCUCACAUCCUCGAAGACGAAAAGGGUCCGCACGAAAUACGCCGGCCGCCGUACCGGAGGGGCAGGUGGCAGCUGGGGAUGGGCAUGUUCAUCGCCGCCAACCUUCUCGGUAGCUCCGUCCAGAUCUCGACUCUCCCUCUCCCCGUGCUCUCGACUCUGCAGGCCUCGGGUCUCGUCUUCAACUCAAUAUGCGCCACCCUCAUCCUUAACGAGCCCUUCACGAGGUGGUCGCUUUGGGGCACGCUGCUGGUCUGCACCGGCGCCGUGCUGAUCGCCAUCUUCGGCGCCAUCCCUGAGCCCGCUCAUAACCUGCGGGAGCUUCUCGACCUGCUCGGCCGGAAACCGUUCAUUGUGUGGAUGAGCAUGCAGGCCUUGCUGGUUCUUUCCAUAGCCAUCAGCGUCGACUGCCUCGACCACUUCACGAGCAUGUCACUCAACUCAAAGUUCCGCUUCGCCCGCGGUCUUGCAUAUGGGUGCAUAAGCGGCAUCCUCUCGGCGCAUUCGCUGCUGGUUGCGAAGUCGGCUGUCGAGCUGAUCAUUAAGACGAUCGCCGACGGUAACAACCAGUUUGUCCACUGGCAGGCGUGGGUCCUCGUGCUGGCGCUGAUCACCCUGGCUCUGAGCCAGCUCUACUACCUGCAUCGUGGUCUGAAGCUCGUUUCGACUUCGGUGCUGUACCCCUUGGUAUUCUGCAUCUAUAACAUCAUCGCGAUCUUGGACGGCUUGAUCUACUUCAAGCAGACAGACAUGAUCAACCCCCUCCGCGCGUGUCUCAUCGCACUGGGAACCGUGAUCCUGCUGGCCGGCGUGCUGGCCUUGUCCUGGCGCCUCAGCGACGAGCAGCACCCCCCCGGCGUUGGCCAAUCUUCCCUGGCACCCGGCCUCGGCCUCGUGGAAGACACGGAAGACGAGGAAGAGUCUCUCCUAGGCGGCGACGACCUCUACAGCCUCCACGAAGAGGACGACCCCUUACCUGCAACGACCUACUCGACGUUUAAUGUGGCGAGCGGCGAGUCAUCCCCACUAACUCCCACACCCAGGCGCAAAAAGACUGGCAGGAGAUGGCAGGAACGCGCCGAGAUCUGGGGCGAGCUCGAAGACCGCGAUACGCCCAGCCCGCCCGUCUCGCGCAGGCGCUCCAGCACGAUGCCCGACGCUAGCGAAUCGACAUCUCUGCUCCCGCACCGCCGCGGCGCGAGCAGCGGCAGCGGCAACCAGUUUCCCCCUCUCACUCCCGCCUCAGAAGCAGGGCCUAGCGGUGAAUCACCAUCGUCACGCCGGCCCAUGGGGCGCAGGAGACGUAAAUCUACGGGAUUCCCGGGCUUCACGGCACGCCGCCGGCGCAAGAGCCAGAGCAGCACGCCCACGUUGCAGGAAGCGCUGGGCGGCAUCUGGAAGCUCAAGUGGUGGCGGUCCGAAGGGAGGCCCGGUAGUGCGGUGGCGGAUGACGGUGCGAGUAACCCGCCGGGAAGCAGCGGGAGCGGCAGUGCAUGGCCGAUGUUCCGAGACGAGCCUCCGCCGGGGACAGGGCAAGGGGAAGGGGAUCCCGGAGCUGGAGGAGGCAGGGAGAACGGCAGCGGCAGCGGGUCCCAUGAUAGGGGGCGGGGCGGCCGGCCGAAUGACGAUUCGCUUGUAUGA